GCAACAGGCUAUUUGCUCGCCAUACGGCCUGGCACUAUCUUGCUAGCUGAUUCCUCAUCAAGCGCCUCCCUCCGCCUAAAUUUUCGGCAGCGAUGUGAAGCUCUUCUAGCCCUUCAGCCUCCACAACGCCACUUACACCACUUGUACUCGGCCACCGAGGUCGCAUUAUGAGCCAUGUCGGCCUUCACGCCAGAAGAGCUGGCGUACAUGGAAGCGCAUAUCCAUGAUUCGAGAGUCUCAGAGAUACAUUGGGUCUACAGUGUGCCCAUCGCUUGCGCGACCAUCUCAACAGGACUGCGGCUAUGGGCGAAAAGAGCCGGAAGGAACGGAAUCACAUUGGAUGACUGGUUGAUUGUCUUCGCAACAAUAUGUCUGAUAGGACAGUGCGCGAGUGGCCUGGGAUAUGGCCCACCGCACGGUAUGGGCCGGCAUGUAAUCGCUGUCGCUCCUCAUGACUUGAUGAUGGUCCGAAAGGGCGACUACGUCUUCAGUCAUUUUUACGAUAUUGCUCUCGUCACUGUUAAACUUGGUAUUCUCGCCUUCUACUACCGCGUCUUCGUCGUCCCUCUGUUCCGGAAGGUCGUAUUAGCCACCGCAGCGUUCAUCAUUGCAUGGGGAAUCGGCAUUACGGUUACCUUGGCCCUUGUUUGCCGGCCCAUUGAAGCGUUCUGGGACAGCAACGUCAAGGGAGAUUGCCUGCACCUCGUCACCUUCACGUACUUCACCAACAUCUCGAACCUCAUCACCGACAUCUGGAUCUUCCUGAUGCCAGUACCAGUAAUAUGGCACUUGCAACUGCAGACAAAGAAGAAGCUUCUUCUAUGCUUGAUCUUCUCGAUCGGUUUAGCAACCUGCAUCGUCUCCUCCAUCCGCCUCACCGUCGUCCUCGGCCACGGCUACCCCGACUUUACAUGGUCAUACGUUCCCCUAGGCGCAUAUUCCGCCUUCGAGCCCCUCGGCGGCAUUCUCUGCACCAACCUUCCCAUAAUUUGGCACAUGUGGCGGAAACGCCGGCCACUCCUACCUGGCUCCUCAGCCUUCAAGUCGCACCCCUCCACGACCGCAACCCCCGGCUCCGGCGAAUCGAGGCGAAGCCGGAUCGCCCGCUCGCUGGGCCUCAGCAACGCCGACCAGACUGGCACCGACAGCCAGGCGCGCACUAUACUGGGUAUUGAGGAAGAGGGACACGCUGCGUGGAGUCCGGAGAUGCAGGAUAACCCUGCGCAGCCAGAACGCGCGCAAUUCUGGAAAACGGUGGAGCGGGUCCGCACGAAUACCCAAGAGACGGCAGGCUCAGGUAGCGACAUUGCGGAGAUUCCGGCACAAGGACAGGUUCGCGGCCAAUCCAGGAAUGGACCCAAGAGCCCAGGUCUCAAGAAGAAUGUGUGGGAAGUUCGCAAGAAAUGAAGGGACGUCCGACUGGAGAUAAACAUCUUAUCAUCUACAACGGCUGCACGCUUCAGCAGCCGCAAAAAACCGCGCUGCAGCAGCAGCAACUAAAGCGCAAAAAAAAAAAACACCCACGUUUGCGCUGUUUGCGCUUCGGCAUUCAGCCUACAUUGCUAUCCAACGCAAUAUACCCGGACCUCGCUUCGCACUCGCAAAACGAACGGCGCAUUUGGAGUUUCUAUUUUGGCAGCAUCGCGGUAAUAGCGGGCAUAAUUAUGGCUUUAUCGACGUUUGGUUAAGUUUGACGGGUUUACGAAUCAACCUCGCUCCGCCCUGGGUUAUACCUUUUCCCAUCUUACGAGCAAACGACGCAGGCAUCAUUAGC